AUGUCGACGUGCUCUGUUUUGAUUCGCCGUGCCUCCGUGUUCUUCUGGGCUGCCGUCCUGUUGACCGCGUCCUUCACGGUGACCACUGGAGUCGCUGGAACCCCGUCCCCGACCGAUGAUGGUGCGGCCCCAGUGGAGCAGCUUCCGUACUGCGACGAAGAUGUAGCCCGCCAGCGUGACCUUAGCGAUGGAUUGGUGUUCGUAACCACACUGGACGGUAAACUGUCGGCACUGGACAUGCUCAAUGGGGGCACUGAACGCUGGAGCAUUCAGACCGGCCCCGGGCCGCUGCUUUCCUCCAGCAUUCACCGUCUAGAGCUGACUAACAAUGGCCGAUGGGUCCGCAUGAUCCCGUCGCUUGGUGGCAGCCUGUACAAGUUCGACGGUGAUUCCAUCGAACCGAUACCGUUCACUGCGGAGGAUAUGCUGAAAUCUUCGUUCAAGUUCUCCGACGAUCUCGUCAUUUCCGGUGGCAAAGAAACGCGCUCUUACGGCGUUUCGCUGCAAACGGGCCAGCUCCUGUACCUUUGCACGAUGCAUGGGUGUAAAAAUGCAACCGAACUAGCGACGGAGCGUACGGGCGAAGCAAAGUACGGUCCACCAGGGCGAGACGAUGGCACGAUCGAUGGCACGGUAGAGGAUGAUGUGAUCAUUAUCCGGCGGCAAACACAGACGGUCCGGGCAGUAGAAGCUCGCACCGGUAGCGAACGCUGGAACUUUAGCAUCGGACACCACGAACUGGAACGGACGAGAAGCGAAGAGUGUCGCGGAGGUCGGGAACGGAGCGAGGCAAAUCCGAUCGCACUUGAUCUCGAACUCAAGGUAAUCAUUCCCGAGGGUGUAAUUUGUGCGAUACGGAAAAGCGCCCCGGGAGAGAUUGUCUGGAGGCACAAGUUCGAAGUGCCGAUCGUGAGCGCUUGGCGAUCGUCGGACAAAUCGGACGGACUGUUGGAAGGUGUGGAUCUGUUCGAUCGUACCGAUUGGCUGUGGAAUGGAAACGUGGGCGAAAGUGGUGUCGAUGGAAGCGAAGGUGAUAAUAAAGUGCCUCCGCUGGUUAACCCAUCGCUGUACAUCGGAAUGCACGACAAACAGCUUUACAUUCAGGAGUCGAGUGCACUGCUGGCGGAGCGCGAAGGCAAGACCCAAGAGUUGGCGCUACUGACGGACGGAGACGGCCAGCUCCCGGCAAUUCCGUGGAAACCCUUACCGGCCAGCCCUGCAGUGGCGGGUUUAUUGACCGGCGAGGAAAAGGACUUGGCCCUCGGAACACCAUCAUCGGCACCAGGGGAUGAUAACGGGGAAUCAACGGCCAUUGCCCGAUCCGUCCUUUACGCAUCGAGCUACAUUAAUGGAAAUGGAUUUUUCUUGGUUUUCGAUGAUCCCACUUCGGGUGAUCAGCGGUGUGAGCACGACGGGGACGAUCACUCGAAAGACAACAGUUCAAGCUUUCCGCCGAGGGGCGAAGAAGACGACCUCGACGCGAUGUUCGAAGCACCAGUGAAGGUGAUCAUCAUUUCCAUGUGGUUCUGGUGGAAGGAAAUACUGAUCAUCUCCGUGACUACUGCACUUCUGUUUAACAUGGUGCUAAAACUGCGGAUCGAAAAGCCCCCGGCUAUGGUGGUGGUCGAGCGAAAGAUUGAGGUACCAAUUUCGAUGGCCGUCGAAGCGCGCGAAGAGUUUCCACUGCCCGCCAUACGCAUGUCUUCGACACGCAGCCUUUCAGAAUCGAGCUCACAGGGAGCGGUCGCCCUGCCGGAAAACUACACUUCGCGGUUUCGAGAAGAUUUCGAUCUCGUCCAGUGUCUCGGCAAAGGUGGCUUCGGAGUAGUAUUUGAGGUGCGCAACAAGCUGGACGAUUGUCGGUACGCGAUCAAACGUGUCGUGCUGCCAAACAAACCGGAAUCGAAGGAUCGUGUGAUGCGCGAGGUGAAAACGUUGGCGCACAGUGAGCAUCAGAAUAUUGUCCGCUACUUUCAUGCGUGGAUCGAAACACCGCCUCCCGGCUGGCAGGAGCGACACGAUCGCGAGUGGAUCGAGCGGAACUGUCUGUCGACGUCGAUCGACAUUGAAACGCCGACCGAUACACAACCUCCUGCAGCAGCCUUAGCAACAUCAGCAUCGCUUUCAACACCAUUGGUUGGUGUAAAUAAGGGCCCUCUUUCCUCUGCUGUUCACCCGCACAUUUGGAUGCCCCACUUUCCGGAAGCGAAUGGGUCCAUCACGAGCGGCGAAAGGCAUUUGGAACAGAGUGAGAGCUGCUCGUUCAUCGAGUUCCGGGCAGAUGCAGUACAAUCAUCUGCCGGAUCCCAGCAACCAUCAGGUCCGCUGAAUGAUGAGACAUCAGAAUCCUCCCAGUCGGAGCAUGAGCCAUCGGAGAGUGCCAAAUCGUCCGGAGUAAGCUGCGCCAAACGCUGGGAUCGAACUGAUGAAAACGAUGAUUCGUUCGAUAUUGUGUUUAAAGAACCCUCUUGCAAUGGCACCGCCAACGGGGUCCAUAAUUCUGUUUCGAUUGAUGUUUCCGCUUCUCUUCCACCGCCACCGCCUCCGAACGGGGACGGUCCUCCGUUCGGUACUCGAAAUCCAUUCCGCAAAACACACCGACGGCCGCUUUCACUUGAUCUCACGAGCACGGGAAACGUCCGCAAAAGGCCAACGACGAAUGAGGAGUCCCGCCCAGAGAGCAACACCGCCUCGAAGCCGCCUUCCUAUGCGUCCUCUUCUCUCGUGCCACAAAGCAACAAGAUAUAUCUCUACAUUCAGAUGCAAUUGUGUCACAAGCAGUCGCUCAAGGAGUGGCUCAGUCUGAACGGAUUCCCAGCACGGCGUGACAAGAUCGUACCGAUCUUCGAGCAGAUCGUUGCGGGCGUCGAGUACGUACAUCUGAAGGGCCUGAUACACCGUGACCUGAAACCCAGCAACAUUUUCUUUUCGCUCGACGGCAAAAUUAAGAUCGGCGACUUUGGGCUCGUCACCGACUCGGGCGAGCUGCAGUACGACAGUGAAAACAACAUGCCAGCGAUGGGGCGCGAUCGGCACACGCGGCAAGUCGGGACGCAGCUCUACAUGUCGCCGGAGCAACUGCGCGGACUACCGUACGACUACAAGGUCGACAUAUACUCGUUAGGGCUGAUUUUGUUCGAGCUACUCGUCAGCUUCGGCACCGAAAUGGAACGCAUCGGCACACUAAAGUCUGUACGAAAGACCGUUUUUCCGCAUGGCUUUGAGCAGGAAUACCAGUGUGAGUACAAACUCCUGUCGUUGAUGUUGGCCGAUUCGCCAAAGAAGCGACCGACAACAUUCGGCAUCAAGGCGCACCCACCGUUCAAGCGGAUGCUUUCGAAUAAAUCGAGCAACGCGUUGGGCGUUGUUGACGAAACGCUCGUGGUGGAUGGCAGUCCGACGGUCGCAACCAAUGGUGGUUCAUUCGAGUCGGAAGAGGGUGAUGAGUGGCACUUCGAGCUGCCACCGCGUCGAAAGGACAGCCGAACGUACAGUAGCUCCGGAUCGGGCUCCGGCUGUGCAGGUGGAACACCGGCGGCCACCCAGGCCCAACCUAACCCACUCUGGUUGUGAAAAAUCGUGCUAUGCCGUAGUUUAACGGCGUUUACCAUGAUGAUGGUAGUGACGGGCAGUGUCGGAUUGAUGCAAGCUGGUAACAUUGUAUUUACUAAACUAUUUAUGCCGUAUUACGUAUAGAACUAUGCAGAUUCAUGCUGUUGAAGGAGCCGAUGUUGAUUUUGUUAAGUCUUAAUUCGUUCAUUUGUUCCAUUUGUUCGGGGAAUGAAUGAGGUAGCAAAGUGUAGCACACUACGAUAAGUGAUAAAUAAAAUGGACGGAUGUGUAACA